CUGAUGGAGUAUAGGGAAAUGCCUUACUGGAGUGCGGUGUUCCCAAUUAUUUGACAGUGUAUUGUCAGCUAAUCAGAAAUAAGGGCACAGAACUGUAUUUCCUGUGUGAAAUUUAUAAUUUACAUCUUUAUGAUUCAGAAAUAAAUGCCUUGGAGCUCACAAGCCUGUGAGCAAAACAGCUGCUGAGCUGACAGUGAGUCUUCGUCUUCCUCCUCUGCUCUGCUGCAGCCACCUCCACUCUCCCAGCAGAAACACGAAAGCCUGGGUAGUCCGGUCCCUCUCAGGCCCACUUCCAAGGCUUUCUGGGUAAGCAGGUGCACACAUCCCUCCCGCUGAGGAGUUUGGCCUACGCCAUUUCAACCUGGAACUAGCUCCACCCGGGCGGGGCCCUUUGUGACCUGUCCCUGUGACACCCAGGGAUAGCUGGCACCGACAUAGCGGCCCCGCAGUGUCCGGCAGGACAGCGAGGCUAUAGGUCAGGAGCGUGCGGGUCUGGCGAGGAGCCCCCGAGCGCACUCCACGUUGUUUCCCUAUACCCUUGGCAGCCCCACAUCUGCCCCCACCCCAUCCUCAGUCCUCAUCCUGCAGGAUGGAGGGGAAACCCCCUAGACACCCCAAGGUGGCCUGGGCAGAGAGUGAGGCUCCCCAGGAGAGGAGAGCUCCACUGGAGCCCUACGAAGUGACCGAGGUGCAGCCACUGCAUGCUGAUGCUGACUGGCUGCUUGUGUGUGAAGAGGAAAAGGAGGCCGUUGAUUGCAUCGAAGCCUAUGUCAUCAGCAAGGAAAAGAAUCUGGAGCAGAAGAUGCAGUUCCUGAACAGUAUUUGCACACUGUGCAGCACGGCUGGAAAGAAGGGCUUGACAGAGAGCCUGGAUGUCUUCUGCUUCCUAAACGAUGUGCCACAGAACAUCGAGAUUCUACUGUGUGAGGAGCCCAGGGAGCAGCUGAGCACAGCACUGAUAUACCACUGCAUCAAUGCUAUCGCUGCCUUGAGUGAAGUGAACGCAAUUUCAGAGGACAAAAUACUACAUCUCUUAAAUGUGUCCUGCAAUGUCAUCUUCUACCUUCCUCCAACGAGCGUCUUGAACGCUUACCUCUACAACCAAACCCUGACAGCUAUGAACAACAUGCUACAGAUCGUGCUAGACAGCCGUCUGUCUAUAACCACUGUCAAUAAUCGGCUGCAGAGUAUCUUCAAGUUGCUGCUGUCCUAUACCUAUUCUGGGAUCAGAAUUGUGCGUGAGAGGACCAUGGAGCAGAUCUGGAAGCUUUGUGGUUUCAUGGCCAGCACUUUCAGGCAGCAGCUGCUUAGAAAAUUCCUCGACCCUCCUCAGACUACAGGCAUCGUCUUUAUGACCCUUGAAAAGACCAUUGCUGACUGCAGCUCUGAGGACAAGGAGUAUGCCAGGAUUAUACUGGACUUGGUUUUGAAAGACCCUGGCACCUGGCUAACAGAAGUGCCAGAGAUUCUGAAGUUCAUCCGCAGAAAGCUGAAAAGCAGCAGCGCGCCUGCUCAGGAGAUCUUCCUGUCAGUGCUUGACGUGCUGGCAUGCCAGUUUCCCACAGAUGUGUUAACAAGCGUGCUGAUCCAUCUACCACACAGUGACAGCACUACCCGGGAGAUCUGGAAGAUGAUGCUUACCAUGCGAGAACCUUCAGAAAAGAUCUUGGAUGAACUGUGCAACCUUCUCCAGGAUGAAGAGCGAUGCAGUAUCACCACAAUGGGGAUGGGCUUCCUUCAUCUGACUGUGAGUAACUGGACAAGGCACUGUGCUGUCCUUCAGGGCUCUCUUUGCCCAGCUCCCUGCCUCCCCCCGCCUUCAUCCCCAGACUGGAAACUUGGGGCAGGACAGGGGCAGAGCUGGGGCUGUGGCUUGGGCUAGGGAGAGGCACGGCCUCCGCACAGGCUGAGCAGGCGGCAGGGCCAGGCAGAAGAAGUUCCCAUGGCCACUCCCGUCUGGUGCCAUUUUUGUGCCAGCUUCUCAAAGGUCAAUUGCUCUUCAAAGGCGUGAGAGCAAGAGCCUGUGCUUGUCCGAGGGCAGGAGGAGCAAGCCUUGUCCCUGGCAGCACAGCUUGGUUGUUCUCAGUGAUGUGAGGCUUCUGUGUUGGGGCCCAGCCUGGCUGCUGUGCAAAGCAUCUUCUGCCAAGGCUUACUUUCAGACCCUCCAGUGCUCGUUUUUCUACCAGCAUGAGGUGCCACAGCAGAAAUGCGGAGCCAAACAGGCAGCGAGUGCCUUGAAGGCAUUGCUGAGGGCUAGCCCUGUCUCACCUGCGGUGUGGUGCCUGGGAAGCUCUGCUUUGGCCUUGUGGGGUGUCUGGGGGAGCACUCUGAGGCACAGGCACCCCGUGCUGGAAACCUGCUGCAGUGCUAUGCACAACUGCACAGCACCUUUGUGCAGAAUGUGACUCCGAAGCAUUUACUUUUGCAUCAGCAAUAGCAGUGGCUGGGGGGCAAGCGGCUGC